AUGGAUAAGCAAUGUCUCAUCGAUUGCCUGGCCGACGAGCUGUUGAACCUGAUAUUGUUCUUCCUGGUGGUCGGGUCGGAAGAGGUUUCUGAUGGGCGCAUUAGUCGACGUGGCCUCAUCUUAUCAGCAAUUAAAAGAAAUGGCAGCGAAGCGAAUUUUCCACGCGGCGAGAAAUCAGAUCUGGACAGGUACAGACUGGUCUGCAAACGAUUUAUGAGAAUUGCGACACCACGAAAAUUCCGCCACUUUACGCUGAGAUUCUCACGGGAUGGAUUCAAAAGGCUCAAUGAACUGGUCGAUAUGCAAUUGGCUUGCCAUACGCGGCAUUUUACAUACAUGGUCCGACCCUUCUAUCUAGGGCGCGACUGGGAGAACUUUCUCGCCGAUGUCUCUUUAGACCAUCACUCGCUCUCCGAGAUUCACCGACUACGGUUAGCGGACCAAAAAUUCCUAGUCGAAAAUGCAAAUGACUUGGCUGCACUGAAGAGAGCAAUGUCCUUCUUCUCAUCCUUGCAGCAAGUAAAGCUUCUUCGGCUUCAGGAUCAGGCGGAUGAAGAGAUCUUGAAACUAGCAAGACGAGGGAACCCAGAGAGGGAUCUCCAUCUUGACUGGGACCCAGCAUGCUCACAUGCGGUGCAAAGUUUGGGGGUCGCUCUCCUGGGCUCUACGUGCCACUCUGUCCGAUUCCUUGGGCCCCAACUUAGCCCGAAAGCCGCAGUGAGAUUGUUACACACGCCCGAGCUAGUCAUGUCUAGUCUCGGAGAACGUCUCACCUGCUUGGAUGUUAAUUUUCAGUCAGCCCACGAUGUGACGUCGAUGAUGAUUGGGCUUUCUGGAGUUUUUCGCAACUUCUUACUUGCAGCGCGAAAUCUAGUUACGAUAAGUGUCGGCUUCUCUGCCGACUUACCCGUUUCUAUACCUUUAGAGGACAUAUUCAACCAUCUCCAUUGGCCACGUUUACGUUGUCUGGGAAUACAGGGCUGGAAACUUGAUUCGGCGGAGAUAAUCGCCAUAGUGCGGCGCCAUGGAUCUCGAUUGAGAGAGCUUCGCAUACCCUACGUAUAUCUACGGGAAGGAAGUAGGUGGCGAGAUAUUCUUUCAGUGCUACAUAACGAAAUAGAACAUCUUGAAAGUGUGGACCUACAGCACAUUGACUAUGCCUUUCAUUUUGACUCGGAAGUCAUUCAUGGGGUGGAGAUCCCACCCCUAACAUCAACAGAAGAAGAGGAUAACGGUCUCUAUGAAGACGAAAGAAGCGAAGAUACUGAUUCUUCGUACGUCGUAUCUGCGCAUCACUCGCAGAGCGAGACAUCAGACUCAGAGACUCACCAAUGGCCAACACAGGCCUUAUCAAUAGGAGAACUCAGUCUACUGACUGCCAACGACUUGGGCGACAAUGGGAUGUACGUGAAACGAGAACAUUGGGGUUUGUGGGAAAAAUGGGUGGUAUCACGAUUGUAUGUAUAG